GAACUAGAAUCUAGGGUUUUCUGGUAUACGCGGAGCCGCAACGAAGUGUGAGCCGCUUUAUGCGAGGGAGUUUGGACGGCGAAUUGAAAUGGUGAAGGGACGCCAAGGAGAGCGAGUCAGGCUUUAUGUACGGGGAACAGUCUUGGGUUAUAAGAGGUCGAAGUCCAACCAAUAUCCCAACACAUCACUGAUCCAGAUCGAGGGUGUCAACACAAAAGAAGAGGUUGCAUGGUAUGCUGGGAAGCGUAUGGCAUACAUCUACAAGGCCAAGGUGAAAAGGGAUGGAUCCCAUUACCGCUGCAUUUGGGGCAAGGUCACCAGGCCCCAUGGUAACAGUGGUGUAGUGAGAGCCAAGUUCAAAUCCAAUCUGCCUCCAAAGUCAAUGGGAGCUCGAGUACGGGUUUUCAUGUAUCCCAGCAAUAUCUGAGGUACAGUUAUCUGAGGAACACUUUGCCCUAUGAUCAUUGCCAAUAGCUCAUUUAUGUGUUGCUUCCUACUUCUAGUGCUUUCUUUAUGUAGGAUUGUUUAUGGUUGUAAUAGAACUGCAUUCCUGCCCUGACCUUGUCACUUUAAUUUGAAUUUUUUGAAUUUUGCCUCUAUAAGAUCAGGAUCUAAUGUGUAAGUUUGGUGGACUAUUUUUUGUGGUAGAACAUAGACUACUUUGAUUGUCUUGUGGGAUUGUAAUCUGUGGGAAAUGAUUGUGAUGAUUUUGGUAAAUGGUUACUGUUGAUGUAUGUUUAUUUU